AUGUCAAGACCCGGCACCCCAUCGAUGCUCUUUUUCGAUGUCCUGGGAACCGUCGUCGAAUGGAGAUUUUGCAUUGCAAACCAGCUCAAGGCCGCAGCAGCAAGUGCCCUGCAAGAUCAAAAUCGAGACAUCGGGGUGGAUGUGCGAGGACGUGUCUCCGACUUGCCCACAUCAACCUGGGACGAGAUUACUGACGAGUGGCACCGCUCGUAUAUGAACUUCGGACGCACUUAUGAUCCAUCGAAACCCUUCGUCCCCGUAGAUGAGCACAACCGUAUCUCUUUGGCAAAUAUCUUCACCAACAGGCGUCUCUGCGAUCUCUUCAACGAGGACGAUCUUCAGCACUUGACCCUCGGUUGGCAUCGCCUCGAUCCAUACGCUGACAGUGUGCAAGGCCUUGCGUUACUCAACACAAAGUUCCCGACCUCGACAUUAUCCAACGGCAAUGUCAAACUUCUUGAAGACCUACAGGAACAUGGCUCUUUGCCGUUCAGGCACCUCAGCAGUGCAGAGCAUUUUAAUGCCUACAAGCCGGCACCCGAAGUAUAUCAUGCCGCUGCGCGCCGAUUCGGGUUAGAGACGUCGCAAUGCUGCCUCGUUGCCGCCCAUCUUCACGACCUGCAAGCCGCCAAAAAAUGUGGAUUCCAGACCAUCUACAUCGAGCGACCCUUGGAAGAAGCGUGGGAUGGGGAACGCGUUGCACAAGCUAAAGAGGAGGGGUUUGUUGAUUAUUGGAUCGAUGUGGAUGGCUCAGGUCUGCUGGACGUUGCCCGGUAUUUUGGGAUCGAAACGGACAAAUAA